AUGGAGCUACCCAUUCCCAACAAGCUCGAGAAGCUCUGGGAUUUAUGGGACAUACGGCUCAGCGUUCUGUUAAGCCUCUUACUACAAGUUUUCUUGGUACUAUUCGCACCCUUUAGGCAAAGAAGCAGAAACUGUUUCCUUCUCAUGUUGAUCUGGUCCGCAUAUUUGAUCGCCGACUGGAUUGCUGCUGUUACAAUCGGACUCAUCACCAAAAGCCAGAAUGAUUCCCGAGUCAAGCCAAAACAAAAUGAGGACGUUUUGGCAUUCUGGGCUUCUUUUCUUUUGCUUCAUCUCGGUGGCCCUGAUAGCAUUACCUCUUUUGCUCUUGAGGAUAAUGAGUUCUGGCUCAGACAUUUGUUUGGACUUCUUUUGCAGGUUUUGGGUGCUGGUUAUAGCUUUUUUCUAACACUUCCUAAGAACCAGCUAUGGAUUCCUACCAUUCUAGUCUUCGUAGUUGGAACUAUCAAAUAUGCAGAGAGAACGUUUGCUCUGUAUCUUGCAAGCUUGGACUGCUUCGGAUCCACUACAUUGCCUAAGCCAUAUCCAGGUCCUGACUACGAAGAGGCCGUCGCAAUUUACUCCACAACAAGGUCUGUAGAAGUUCCGGAGCAAACAGAGGUUACCAUGGCGCCAAACCUUGGUAAUUACAGAGACCGUAAGUUUGCUAUUCAUCUACAACCAAAUUUGGAAUCCGAUCAAGUGGAACUAAUGGGGCUUGCGCAUUCCCUCUUCGAGAACUUCAAGGGACUUAUUGUUGGCUUCCUUCUGAGCUCCAAAUAUCGAGAAUCAAGCCGGGAUUUCUUUCUCCAAACAAAGCCUGAGGUCAGUUUUAGAUUGAUAGAGUACGAGCUUAGCUUCAUGUACCAAGCUCUCCACACAAAAAUGGAUGUGGUACAAACCAAAGCUGGGCGCGUCUUUCGGUUGAUAAGCUUGUUUUUCUUGGUUGUUGCCUUUAUGUCGUUCCAGUUUUUAGUUGAUAAGGAUAAGUUUAAAAAAUUCGAACUCAUCCUUACUUAUUGCUUGCUUACUGGAGCUAUAGUUCUUGAUAUUUUCUCUGGAAUUAAGCUCAUUUUCUCUGACCUUGUCCUUAUUGCCCACAAGAACUGGAAAAAGUACAUUCCAGAUUGCUUUUUGCAAAGAAGAAGGUGGUCUAAUUCGGUUUCUCUGUAUAAUAUGAUAGCAUAUUGCGUAGAUUGGCGUUGGUUAUGGAAAUCGAAGUACCUGUUUCCUGACUUUAUUAGAAGCAUGCUAGACAAGUUGAAAAUGAUGAAAUUUUCAUCGUCGGAUAAAAUCAUUGAGGAUCUCACAAGCUUUAUCUUUGAAGAGCUGAAAAACAAAUCUUCAAACGCAAAGACUUUAAGCGAAGCCAUGGAGAAGUGUUCACAAAGAGGGGAUGGUGCUCUGUUUGGUACUUCAAGCUAUAUCAAGCUCAAAUGGAGCAUCAGCGAAUUUCAGUACGGUGAAAGCCUUCUCCUUUGGCAUUUAGCUACUGAACUUUGCUAUCAGGCUACGGAAAAGAAAUCAAACCCAGAAAAAGAUGAUCAGAAAAAGGAAUCAAGAAGUAGUAGAACAAUCUGCAAAAUCCUAUCAGAUUAUAUGUUUUAUCUUCUGGUAAUGAAGCCAGCAAUGCUAGCACCAGUUUUGGGCAAUUGGCAGAUAGUAUUUCAGGAUACUUUUGAAGAGGCCGAAAGAUACUUGGGCAAAUACUCAAUAUCAAGUCACGCAGAAGCCUGUAAACGUUUGAUUAAUGUAAAAACAAAAUUCAGGCCAGCUGCAGUGAAAGGAAUAAGAAGCAAAUCAGUGCUGUUUGAUGCAUGUAUACUUGCUCAGCAACUCCAACAUUUGGAAGAAGAAUUGGAGGAAAACCAGUGGGUGCUAAUGAGCAAGGUUUGGGUGGAACUAAUGUGUUAUGGUGCAAUUAAUUGCAGACCAAUUGUACAUGCACAGCAACCGAGUAAGGGUGGAGAGCUUCUGACUUUCACUUGGUUGCUCAUGAAUCAUUUGGGUUUGGGUUUACAGUUCAAUGAGCAGGACAUGCAUGCAGGAACCAGACUUGUAGCUGUAAAGUGA